AUGGGCGCCAUCAUCGGCGCGUUUCCGACGCUCACGCCGGACGAACGUGUCCCCGAGCCAAACGUCUUCAGGAUGGUGUCGAUGCGGCACACGAUGAGCGCAUUGCCGGCGUGCAUGCUCGCGCUCAUCCCACUGCCAUCGCUCGUCGAUCGUCUGACGCCGGCCGCCCAGCGCUGCGCCAGGCAAUGGUCGCUCGAGGCCUUCGACAGCCUUGCGCACGUGUUGCUGCUAUCGGUACUGUUGCACGAAGGUGGUCUCGACGAAGCGCCGGGUGUGCGCAGCCGGGUGCUGUACGCCAUAGUCGGAAUCCCCAUGCUUCCGCACGAGCUUCUCGAACUCAUUGCCACCCUUGUGCCGUGCCCAAAGACGUUUUUGGUGCUACUCCACGCACUUCCGUCGCGCCACCUCUCGGCUCCGCUCCAGAGUCUGCUCGCACUGUCCCGGACGCCGCAUCACGCCUAUAUUAGCAUUGCAUGGCCUCGCCUCGUGCUCAAGCAAAGCCGCCUCCCACUCGAAGCGACGCAGCUCCUCGAGCGCACCCUCGACAUGCUGCUGCACCAUUUUGCGCCGUACAUGCGGCGUCUCACGCUGUGUCCUCACGGCAAUGUGUGCGACGAUAUGCGCUAUCUGCAAGACGCGCUGACUGCCUGCUGUCGCCUCGAGGAGCUCGUGCUUGACGUCCGACACGACCCGCGCAGCGUGUGGACGCCACUUGUGGUUCUCGCUUGCCGCAUGCCGGGCCUCGCAUCGCUCACGCUCAAGCUGCCAAAGCACGCACCAUAUGCAGCCACGUCGAUCUGCGACGCGCUAGUUGCGCUGCUGCACACCCAGCAGUGUACGGCGCUGCACUUGACCAACGUUCGCUUUCAGCACGUGGCCGAUCGCGUCGCCGUGCACCGAGCUCUGCUUGCGUGUACCUCGCUACGUGAUUUGCACCUGGACAGCACCAACUUGUCGCUUUUGUUUGUGCCGCAUUCGGUGACGCGCCUCUCUCUAUGGGCCCGCGACGACGCGGCGCGCAUCGAGAUGGCCGAAGCGAUGCAAGCGCUUGCUCGUCUGGAGCAGCUGCAAAAGCUCACACUUUGUCCGCAGUUGACACAGCCGCUCUGGGUGCUCGAGGCUUUUUUGCGGCGGCAGCUUCCGCACCUCGAACGACUGAGCGUCCGUGGCGCGUCUUUUGCUAGUCCAGUCGAGUGUCGCUACGGGUAAUUGCGUAAUGGAAUGAGUCGUCA